AGGAGCGGUUUGGCAACAUGACCCGAGUGUAUUACAAGGAAGCUGUUGGUGCUUUUGUGGUCUUUGAUGUAUCAAGAGGUUCCACAUUUGAGGCAGUCUUAAAAUGGAAAAGUGAUCUGGAUAGUAAAGUUCAUCUUCCAAAUGGCAGCCCUAUUCCUGCUGUCCUUUUAGCGAACAAAUGUGACCAGAAAAAGGACAGUGCCCAGAAUCUUCCCCAAAUGGACCAAUUCUGCAAAGAGCAUGGCUUCACUGGAUGGUUUGAAACCUCUGCAAAGGAUAACAUAAACAUAGACGAAGCCGCCCGAUUCCUAGUAGAGAAUAUUCUUGCAUGCCACCAAAGUUUUGCUAAUGAAGAAAAAGAUGUUGGCACAAUUAAACUGGAUCAGGAGGCCGCAAAAGCAGAGAGUAGAUCCCAGUGCUGCUGAAAUGGCUUCUGCAUCUCAUGUACCUGCCUCAGUUCUGAGCACGUUCCUGAGACUGGGAUACUGAUGGUAUGCUGUGCUGUCAAUCUUCCCACGGGCAGCACUUCAAAAUGGCAGCACCACUGGGCACCUAUGCUUUUUUAGAAAAUGGAGUGUUUGGAGAAGUUUCCCUGCUAGUGGUCUGCACCUUCACAGAUGACAAUUAGGCUUUUGUUGUUGUUGCCAUCACAUUAAGGGUAAUGUUUACAUCCUUUUAAACACCUUUUACUAUGACAAUUUCUCAGGAUUCGGUAAGACUUCCAAUUUAUAUGCAGUCCUAAGGUCAUUCUGAGCCUGCAUUUUUGUCUCCAUAUUCCGGCUUCACUUUUGAGUGAGGUUUUCAGAUUCUGUUAGCCACAAAGGAUUGAAGUCUUUGUUUAGCAAUUUUCUAUUCAAAAUUUUGGUACAUCAUGUAAAAUUGUUAUCCUUACAUAUAAUUUCACCACUCACAGUUGGUGUGGCAUGUGGUCACUCCUCUUAAACACAUUAAGAUGCCCUCCCUCACUAUUCAAGAAGUACUCACACCACACCUGUAGCAUGAUUUCUCCUUCUGGAUCAGGUUGCUACAACGUGGAAACAAUAUAAAUGAAUGUUUCUUCUUCUCUCUCCCUAGUCCUAUCUCUACUCUUCCUCCUGUGGGUUUAUGUUCAUAACUGAGGGCCUGAUUCAUCUCACGGUUGUAAUUCUCUCUACUGGAGUUAGUCUUCUCAAAUAUGGAAUGGUAGUGGUCAAGAGAGAAUUUAUUUUAAAGCAUAUAUAAUUAAAUUUGAGCUUCUAGAAAAUGAAUUGUGAAAGAAACUACGUCGUGUAUGGUUUUACGUAAGAUUUGGGACCUUAAAGUAUAAUGCCUGAGAAACAAGGCAGACUCACAGUUGUAUUACCAUUUAACUCAGUGAAGGAAAAGAAAAAAUAUUUUGAUUGAAGACAUUUUUUGAGUUAAUGGAGUUCAAUAAAAAUAGUAUGGGAUACAC